AUGUUGUAUUUGGUUGAUUGUCAGUCUUCUAUGCAUACGUCCAUUUCGGAGGAAGUCAAGCUUGCCUGGUCGGAGUACCGGGAUAAGAAAAUGGACCUUAUGAACGCCGCUGUCGUGACGGACAGUGCCUGGCAAUUCGCCCGCGAUAUGGUGAAGGAGGUAGAGGCUGACUGGCUCUCUACUCACACGCCGGCAAGAAAUGAUGUUCAAACACUUGUUGGCCUGUCAUACAACAAGAACAUGGCUGAUGUAGCCGAUUGGUGCUAUGUGCCUACCAAGGUUCUGCUUGACGCCUUUGCCAAUAUCCUCCACGACAAUCAUCAACCAGUCUUCAAAAAGGGCUAUUUCGGUACCUAUGACCCAAAGGCGGACAGGGAGCGGAUGUCUGUGGGCCAAAAGUUGAACGAAGACAAGAUCAUCCUUCUUUCGAUCUUGCCCGAGUUCUGCAUGUUUGACACUUUCAAAUUCAGGACGCCUACCUCGGACGCUAUCACGCAAGGUCUUGUUGAAUUUUCCAAGAACAGAAAAGUUACUCUAUGGCUAUGCUUUGCCUCCCAGACUUUCCUCAACAUCCAUCACAUCAUGCGACACAGUACACUUGGUGCAUUCGGAGACCUUCGAAUGUCGGGACUGCGCAUCCAGAAGGAGGGCGACGAAGAGAUCCAAGGUAAUAUUUCUACCGAGAACCCCUGGAUCAUACAAGACGCGUUCCUCAAUCUUCGGGUCCUGUCUGGACUCGACAAAACCGGAUCAUGGCCUGAGAAGCACGCACUUUUAUCGCAGCACUCUAUCCUCUGCGGACUGAUAUUAUUCCACCUCAAUAUUAGAAUGCAACGUGUGGGCCUGCAGCUUGUCACCCAAUGGUAUGACGUCCAACAGCUGGCUUUCUUGCACAAUCCCGUUAUCAAUUAUGCUACGCGCAAGGACGUGAGAUGGCCCGAUAUGGAUGCUUUCAUCAAGAUCCAUGGCGAGUCUCAUUUCUUCAUUGGUUCGCGGCCCCAGAACGCCGGUGAAUCGCUAAACAGGCUUGAACUGGCCACAGGUAUCUCAUCUGCUGCCAAUUUUGCGCGCGAUUCCCGGAGUAAACCCUUUCAUGAACCGGAUGGCAAGAAUCCACGCUUGCUCAAGCCUACCACUGCAGUUGCGAACUUGUUCUCCCCCAAGUAUGUUGAGGGUCUCGCGGAAGAUGCCGGGAUCGUCAACAUUGACCGGAUCCUGGACGAGCUCUCACAAAAAUCCAAACUUGAAUCCUCGUCCUGCAAGGGGCUCAACAGAGCUAAUGCGGAGCUCUCGAUUACCCAAAAGUGGUCUAAUACCCGCAAUAUUGACACAAUCCAUCUUCUAGCCUUCCUGAAGACCAAGCUUUACGAAGAGGAGCCUGUCAUCUUGUACAACUACUUCGGCAUGCACAAACGUUCCGUCGAGUUACAGCGAUUGAUCCGAGAGAAAGAGCAUCACAGAUUUUCCUUCAUCUCCAAUAUCGUCCUUCUCAUCCACCAUGUCGCGCGAGGCUCGGCGCAAAAUGUACGUUCAAUGGGACUCGGAUCAGGGGACGUGGAGUUAGUGAGUCGUAUUGUUAUAAGCUCUGGCGACGUCACGCGUGAAUACCUGAAGAAAAAUGGUGAUGUGGCAUGCAAAGAGUCGAGGGUGUUUUGCAAGAACAAAAAGCCCAUUCAAGAUGAGGUUGCUGAUGAUGCGGGCGAAUCGGACGGGCUGGUGACGUCUUGGUUGCAUCUUGAGGAUGUUCUGGGUCCGAAGGGCGUGGCCUCGCUUAUGACCGGAAUCCCGAUGGCCUAG